AAACUUUUAAUACCUUCAUGUCUCCUUACACACACACACACACGCGCGCGCGCACACACACACACACAUACACGCACACAGAGAGACAGAGGGUUCUACUGAUUGGAGGAUGGCGUUACUCAUCCUACUUUUCUGCGCUGUCUCACUCUCUGAUGGAUUUAACAUUGAUGUGUUGAAGUUAGACGAAUUCUCAGGAAAUGAAGAGAGUUUUUUUGGAUACAAAUUGCUGCAGUAUCAGUCUAAGGAGACGAAACUAAUUAUAGUAAGUGCCCCACUGAGUGCCAACAGAUCAGGAGCUAUUUUUAAAUGCCCGGUGGAGAAGAAUGAAUGCACCCAGUUUUUUAAACCUAAACCAGACUCGAAGGCGAUCAGGUUCUUCGGGAUGUCGCUGGCAGUGAGGACGUUUCCAUCAUCCACACUCACUAGUUGCAGUCCGAGUGUCACUCAUGAGUGUGAUGGAAACUUGUAUCUGAAUGGAAUCUGUUACCAGUUCAACAGCAGUCUGGAUUUCACCACCAGUUUCACCCCCGCUUUCCAAGAAUGCAGUAAGAGUAAAGUCAACCUGGUUUUCCUUUUCGACGGUUCUCAAAGCAUGCAGGAAUCUGACUUCAAUAAGAACAAACACUUCAUAUGGUACAUUAUGACAAAUCUCAAAAACUCAUCUAUCGAGUUUGCUGCUGUUCAGUUUUCUUUCAGCUUCAAGACAGUUUUCACCUUUAAAGAUUAUGUUAACAAUGAGGCAAAGAAGAAACUUGAUGAAGAAAAACACAUGAAGUCACUCACAAACACACACGGUGCCAUCGGAUACGUCCUUAAAGAACUGUUUGAUAACUCGAAGUCUGGUGCAGAUCCUGUGGCUACUAAAGUCCUGGUCAUCAUCACAGACGGAAUUCCUACUGAUAUCUCAAAUGGUGAGAUACAGCGCUGUGAGUCACGUGGCAUCACUCGCUUUGUUAUCGGGGUGGGAGCUGUAAGUCUUCAGAAUCUGAAAAGUCUUGGCUCAAAGCCGAAUGACAACUACAUCUUCAUGAUUAAAGACUAUGAUGGACUAAAUGGACUUUUGGAUCAACUGCAAAAUAAGAUCUACGCCAUCGAGGGAGCCAAGGGCAGGAAAUUUAGGAAAGAGGUGUCUCAGAGUGGAUUCAGUGCUGCCAGUGAUAAGGACAGUCUCAUUCUGGGAGCAGUUGGAUGUAAUGAUUGGAGGGGAGCACUGUAUGAGGUGCAAGGAACCAGGAACGAUGAAGAGGAACUCAAAGGCUUCCAGUUCAAUCCGGAUUCAUACAACGGUUACGCUGUGGUGGUUGGACAGAGAGACAGCGUUUCUCUUGUGUUCUCUGGAGCACCAAGAUCUAAUCACAGGGGUCAGGUGACUCUGUUUAAAAAGAUGUCUAAUGAGUGGGUGGCUUUGAGGAACAUUUCUGGUGAACAAAUCGGCUCUUAUUUCGGAGGAUCGUUGUGUUUGUUAGACCUGGAUUCAGACAACAACACUGACUUCCUUGUGGUUGGAGCCCCACUGUAUUAUAAUCAUCAUCCACAGUUAGAGGGACGGGUUUACAUCUACAAUCUCACACAGAAGCUGGAUAUGGAGAAGGUGUUGGAAGUGUUUGGAUCACCUCAGGGUCGGUUUGGGAUGACUCUAGCUGCUUUAGCAGAUCUAAAUGGAGACCAGAAGCAGGAUUUAGCUGUUGGAGCUCCACUGGAAGAUAAUCAAAAAGGAGCCAUUUACAUUUACCUUGGCGACCCUGAACAUGGCAUCCGCAGCCAGUACAGCCAGAAAAUUGUGGCAAGCUCUCUCUCUAUGAAGCUUCGACAUUUCGGUCUGGCGAUUGACGGUGUGAUGGACAUGGGACAGGACGGUCUGACGGACAUCGCUGUUGGAGCAAAAGGAACCGUUUUACUCUUGAAAUCUCGGCCGGUUGUGUCCGUCUCAGCGAAGUUCAGUUUCUCUCCAUCUGAAAUAAACCUCACUCACUUCGACUGCCACAACAACCUGGAAAAUCCCACUGACAAAAAUAAAGUCAUCACCCUGAACACCUGCUUUAUUAUGACUGAGAACACCAACAGCAAAGGGGCAGUGAGUAAUCUGAACAUAUCAUGGGUGCUCAUUGCUGAUGCCGUGAGACAGGACAGUCGGGCAUUUUUCAAUAAGGAAGAUAAGACGUCCAGGAAUCUAACAAAGUCCAUGAUGCUGGGCUUGAACAUGUCCUGUUCCAGUGACGAGGUCUAUAUGCAAAGGUGUGUAAGGGACACGGUGUCUCCUGUAUUGUUCAGACUCAACUUCAAACAGUCUGAUCCUCAGAAGUCCACUUCCAUCUUGAACAUUGACAGCAAGACCACAGCUUUUGUAGAGGUUCCCUUUCAGAUAAACUGCAACAACAAAAGUUGUGUAUCAGACUUGCUGAUGGACUUUAGCUUCCUGGACAGCACAUUGCUGGUGGUGGACCAAGCAUCUUUUAUCAUCCGUGUGACUUUAACGAAUAAAGGAGAUGACUCCUUCAACACCAGUUUGGUUCUGCUCUACCCUCCUGGAUUAUCUCUCUCAAUGUUCAAGACCAUUAAGCCACACAGAAGGGUUCUGAGCAGUUGUGGAGAUCGUGAUGAAGGAGCUCUAAAUAAAACCACCUGCAGUAUCAGUUUACCGGUGUAUCCCAGAAACAUGAAUGCCGAGUUUGAGGGUAUAUUCCGCAUCUCUCACUUUUACAACUGGAAAGAGAGCAUGCAGAUGACACUUGUGAUCAGCAGUGAUAACAAUGGAAAUACAAGUAAGUCCACAGUGAUGAAAAUUCUGCCUGUUCAGUUCAGUGUAAACGUGGCCAUCAGCAUUGUUCCUGAGGAAUCACUAACAUAUCUGAACUUCUCCCUGGAAGAUAAAGAAAUGAAACCUCUCAGUGUUGUGUAUAAAGUGAGUAAUCUGGGACUCAAAGGUCUGCCUGUUGCAGUAAGCUUCUGGAUGCCUUCUCAGUCUGGUGUAAACUUGUACGAUCUGCACAAUUUCUCCAUCAGUGUGUCAGAGAAUGCUACCUACUGUACCAGCAUCACUGAAGGACCUGUGGAGUGUCCAGGUGAGAACUGUGUAUUCUUCAAGUGUGCUCCUUUCUUAUUGGAUCCUGUUUCUGAUGUCCGGUUUAAUUGGAGCACUCUCGUCUCCUUCCCUAAUAAACAAAAUUAUACAGGGAAUUGGCUUUUCAGUGAGUUUAAGGAAGAGGACGAAUUUUCUGUUUCUGCUCAGCUGGACUUUGAUAAAAAGCUGUAUCGUCAGGUUUCCAGUGGCAGAGAAAAUGACACCAUCAUAUUUCACCACACUAUGGUGACUCUGCAAUUAGAGCUCGUAAUUCCUCCUGAUAUAAGAGCAAUCAGUGGGACAGGUGGAUUUCUCGGAUUUCUCCUGCUCAUCAUCAUAUUUUUUACUGCUGUUAAACGUAAAAGACAAUCAGACCACUACACAGUACACUCCAGAAAACUCCAGCACAUAUCAGUACAUUCCAGUACACACCAGUACACACCAGUGCACACCAGUACACAAAAGUACACACUAUUACACACCAGUACACUCCAUGAACUCUUUGAAGAAGGGAAUGAGAACAGAAGUGAGGGAGAAGAUGAAGGCUGCAGUGCUGAUACAAACGGAAAGCCAGGACAAUCUUCUUCCACAGCUGAAGAGAAACCGUUUAUUCCUGUGUCACAAAAUGUAGAGUGAAAAUUCUUUACUGAGGAAAUACUAACUGUAUCUGUAACCCUGUCUGUAAUAUUUUUGCAGUAUAUUACAUAUAUCUAUGAGUGCAGUGUGUAUAGUAGGUGGGCCCCAGUGUCCAGGACAAGAUGAUUAUGUGUCUGUAGACAAUCUUAUAGAACGUCAUCAUUUUAGUUACAAUAUAUAAUAUAUAUCAUCAUAUUUUGUCCAACCUGCUGCUCAUUCCUGAUUUUCGCUUCCUGCUGUGCUACACACAGUUAUGGCCAUUGAGAAGAACUGUGUAUUUUUAGUAGAUUAAUUUGCUUGGACGGGAUAACAGACAGAAUAAUUCCACAAUGUACGCUGAUCUUAUAUUAAAAUAAUCAGUAUGUGAUUGUGUGUGUGUAAUAUAGGAUGUGGGAUGUGAUUCAUUUAUUAGUAAUAAGGCUGUUGUGCAUAAUGAUUUGCAUAAUAAUAAAUAGUAUAUUUAAAAGUC